AUGUCGUCUUCAAACUUCUUGUUUAUCUGUGUAACUAUACUAAUCAUCACACUCUCCCCCAUACUGAAUUUUGCUUUUGCUACUUUGGAGGAAGCCAAUGCUCUUCUCAAAUGGAAAGAAAACCUUGAAAUUCCACACAACUCCUUGCUCUCUUCAUGGAUUCCACUUCCUAUGAACUCCACGACAUCAUUUCCAUGCACUUCUUGGUUUGGAGUAGUUUGCAAUGCUGUUGGGAGCAUUCAGAGGUUGAACCUCAGUUCAUCGGGCUUAAAAGGAAACCUGCACCAGCUGACCAACUUGUACCUAGACUCGAACAAUAUAUCUAGCUCAAUUCCUUCAUCAUCGGGUGAUUUGACGUCUUUAAAAAUUCUUUGUUUGCACCAAAAUCAACUUAGUGGUUCUAUUCCUUCGUCAUUGGGUGAUUUGACAUCUUUGAAUACCCUUUAUUUGUACAAAAAUCUUCUAUCUGGUCCCAUUCCUAUUGAACUUGGGAAUUUGAAGUCUCUCACUCAUCUUGCGGUAUACAAAAAUCAACUUAGUGGUUCUAUUCCUUCAUCAUUGGCAAACCUGAGCAACCUACAAUAUCUGUACCUCAAAUACAAUAAAUUAUCAGGUCCUAUUCCUAUUGAAUUUGGGAAUUUGAAGUCUCUUGAAGAAUUGGUGGUGAACGGCAAUCAACUUAGUGGUUCUAUUCCAUCAUCACUAGCAAACAUGAGUAACCUACAGACUAUGUACCUCCACGAGAAUAAAUUAUCUGGUCCAAUUCCUGUUGAACUUGGAAAUAUGAAGUCCCUCACUCAGCUUAUGGCAAACCACAAUCAACUUAGUGGUUCUGUUCCUUCCGAUUUUACAAAUUCAACUCAACUACGAAGGCUUAAUCUGUCUACAAAUAAUUUGGUUGGUGAGAUCCCAAAAGCAUUUGAGAAGAUGAAAAGUAUGUUAUAUUUGUACAUUUCCGAUAACCAAAUGUCAGGUAAUAUACCUAUGGAGCUCGGGUCAUUCCGUGAACUCCUUGAACUAGAUCUAUCCACAAAUAGAUUGAAUGGGUUGAUACCCAAAAGCAUUGAUAUAUCAUCUGAAGUUCAAAGUUUGCAAAAUGUGCAAAAAUUGGAUCUUUCUCACAAUAGACUAUCUGGUUCUAACCCUGAAGCUUUUACAUGUUUGCCUCGCGGUAUUGAUAUCAACCUUUCUUACAAUGAGCUCUCAGGUCCGGUUCCCGCUAGCGCCAACUUUGUGAAUGCGUCCCUACAAGGCAAUCCAGCAUACUCAAUUGGGACCGGAGGAUAUGGGACUGUGUACAAAGCCGAGCUACAACCUAACAAUGUGGUAGCUGUCAAGAAACUUCACUCAUCAUCUGAGAAUGUUGAUCAUAAUGGAUUCCUUAAUGAGGUACAAGCAUUAACAAACAUAAGGCAUCGAAACAUAGUCAAACUCUAUGGAUAUUGCUCCCAUGCCCGCCACUCAUUUUUGAUUUAUGAAUACCUUGAAAAGGGAAGCCUUGGAUCAAUCUUAAGAAGUAAUGUCUUAGCAAAAGAAUUGGAUUGGUUGAAAAGGGUAAAUAUUGUAAAGGGUGUAGCUAAUGGUUUGGCAUAUAUGCAUCAUGAUUGCUCGCCUCGUAUAAUUCAUAGAGACAUUUCCAUUGCAAACAUCCUUCUCGAUUCUGAUUAUGAGGCACAUAUAUCUGAUUUUGGCACGUCCAAGCUUUUAAAGCUAGACUCAUCAAACUGGACCACAAUUGCAGGCACCUAUGGUUAUAUCGCGCCAGAGCUUGCUUAUACAAUGGUGGUAUCCGAGAAAUAUGAUGUGUAUAGCUUUGGAGUUGUUGCACUAGAAGUGAUGAUGGGAAAGCAUCCUGGAGAACUGAUAACAUGUUUACCAACAUUGUCUGCUGAUUAUUUGGUGUUAGCAAAUGUGGGAGAUAGCCGGAUACCUCCUCCGUCAUCCCAAGUUGAGAAACAAGUUAAGUCCGUGCUGACUCUCGCAAGAGCAUCCGACUCAAUUUCGUUCGUCGAUCAAUCGCGUCCAGCCAUCAUUCCUGCCACAAGACCGCCAACUCUGCCGAUCCAGCCUCCAUUCCGUCAAUUUCGAGGAAGACUCGUAUCACCGGCGACGACGAAUCAUACUACCGGCGAUGAGGAAGUAAAACCGGCGACCACAGGUGGUUUUAUGGAUUCUCAAUCGAUCAUGGAAGAAUUUGCAAACUAUUUGUCAUGUGUGACUAUUGUUACUGGAAUCUGGAAAGAACUAAAACAAGGGCUACUAAUGUUGAUAGACAUCAUAAUUUUCCAGAGACAUGAUAUCUAA